CUUGUUUUUAUUACCGCCAUUUUUUUUGUUUUUCAGAGAGGAAAAAAGAAAAAAAAGAAAAAACCCCGAUCUUGGCGAUCUAUAUCGAUCCACGUCGCCAGAUAUAUAUAGUUAAGUAAAUAUAUAUAUUUUUCAUGGAACAUGAUCUAGUCUGGCCAUGACGCUCACUACCUAAAGUCAUUCUUUACCUAUAUUUAAUACUGAAUUGGUCACUUGCUUGUUAUGCAGUUCGAGAUCCUGUGGAAGCAUCAAUGGCAUCCGACCAAGUCGAAAUGUCUACAUCUCAAACCAAUAAACAGCCGCCGCCGCCGCCGCAGCAACAACCAAGCCUGCCAUCGCGCAUCAUUUCUUCCCUUUCUAUAGGAUUGAUUUCAGCUGUCUGUCGAGGCUUCCUGUACGGAUUGAAUUCAGUCGAGGUCACCGGUCUUGAGCGAUUCUUAGAAAUCCUCGACCAGCGGAAAGAUGUCGAGAAUAGGCAGAGGGGCCUCAUUACGGUUUCGAAUCAUAUUAGUAUACUAGACGAUCCCGUCAUGUGGGGAGUGUUGCCGCUGAAAUAUGCCUUCAAUCCCUCCAACCACAGAUGGGGCCUGGGGGCUCAUGACAUAUGCUUCAAGAACAAGUUUCUCGAGUCUUUCUUCUCUUAUGGUCAAGUGUUGCCAACCCAUCGUUUGCAGCAUUCGCCACACGGGGGGCUUUUCCAGCCCACCGUUGCACAAGCGAUUCGUCUAUUAUCAUCGCAACCCUUCGUCAGCCCAAAGGCACUGUCCUCGGAGUCUCGAGGAGACGUCCCCGACCCGUUUACCUCGGGUGGGCUCACGUACACGUACUCAACCACAGGAACAGACUCCUACCCAGCACCAUCAGCGUACUUGCAGAACCGGCACAGCUGGGUCCACGUGUUCCCCGAGGCCUGCGUGCACCAGCACCCGCAGCACUUCAUGCGCUACUUCAAGUGGGGCGUAUCGCGGCUGAUCCUCGAGAGCGAGCCCAUGCCCGACGUGCUGCCCAUCUUCAUCGACGGCACCCAGCGCAUCAUGCCCGAGGACCGCACCUGGCCCCGCUUCGUCCCCCGUUUUCCCGUCAAGCUCCGCGUCGCCUUCGGUGACCUCCUCGACGCCGAGGAGACGUUCGGCGACCUCCGCGCCCGCUGGCAGGACCUCGUGCGCCGGCACACAAGGAGCGCGGACCCGAAGCAGCAGCAGCAGCAAGAGGCACUGCUACUGCCCAUGGGCGAGCUGACGGACGAGCUCAAGUAUGGCCACGAGGCCGUGAGCCUGCGGAUCGAGGUCGCGAGGCGAGUCCGCGAGGAAGUGCUGAAGGUUAGGAGGAGCAUGGGCUAUACGGACGAAGAGGACCCUAGCUAUGAACUGGCGGAGACGUGGGCGAGGGAGCCGGACAAGAAGCGGUUUAGGAGUAAUGUUGAUGAUGGCUUGGUUAACAGGAAGGACUAAGCUAGGCUAAAACGGGGGAAAGGGG